AUGUUGGCCAAAAGCCUUCUGCAUCGUGAGGUAGGUGUAAAGCGUAUAGUAAAAUUUCUGUAAGACAAAAACUAUCUUUAACAAACCGUUUUGGAGCUCUCAAAAAUCAAUUUUGGGUUAAAAUGGACCUCUGUACAACAAAGCCCUUCUAAAAUUUUUUUGAUCUUGUUAAGAAACAGAGUUUUCACUAAUAAUAUAGAUGAUUUUCAGCUAAAUGUCGCGAUUACAUCGAUUCUUAUUCUGCUCACACUUUACAUCUCACUCUGCUCUAUCUUACAAAAAAGUCUCUACAAUCCAUUAGAUGAAGGCAUAUCAUCAUUACUCCCUAUAUUCAAUGGAUCUCAUUUGAAUCCGCUUGAAGAAACCAAGCCUCAAGUCUCAAGCACUGCCACAGUAAUGGCACUGUUUUUUCUUUGGGCAAUUGCAAUGGUGUUUGGACAAGUCAUGACCUGGCUAAGACUACCGCCGCUGCUUGGUAAGAAAAUUGUAUUGUAAAAUUGUUCUUGAAAGGUGUUCGGAAGUUUUAUCAUACGGUGGCUCUCGUCAUAUCAAGCAAUUAAACUUACAUUAGAAAUUGCGGUUUUCGUAUUAAGAUUUAUCGGAAAAAAAAUUUUUUUAUUGGCCAAAAUUAGAUUCCAAAAAUUCGGAAGGCCCGUAAAUGGCUAGGCCUGUCAAGAAAGACCUCUUUCUUGCCCAGUUGGUCAAGAAACCGGUCAAAAAAGACUUCUGGGACUCUCCUGUCUGUAACGAAAAUUCAAUUUGAGGAUACUACACUUAUACAACAAGCAAUAUCAGAGCCCCCUAGAGCCAAUUUUAGGCCAAAAUAAAAUCUCCUCUCAAAAAACCCCUUAUGUUUUUUGAUCCUUUUCAAUUGACCGCGAAAAAGUAUGACAUUAUUUUUUUAUAAUUUCAGGUAUGCUCCUGGCCGGUAUGCUCGUAAAGAAUGUCGAAUUCUUCUCGCCGAUUCAGAAUAUCGACGCAGAUUGGGACAGCAUCCUGCGAAGCUUGGCUUUCCUUCUCAUUCUUAUCAGAUGUGGCCUGAACUUGGAUCCAGAUGUCUUGAAGAAAUCGCUGGCGAUAUUCAGCAGCCUAGGUUUCAUCUCUACGACCAUUGAAGCAAUUGCUGUCGUCCUGGCAUCGUAUUAUUUAUUUGGGAUCAGUCUGCCGUUGGCUAUUCUUUUCUCGUAAGUUCUUUUACAGCCCCAUAUAUACUCUAGCAUAAGAGAAAAUAUAAUAGCAACCUCAGUGGCUCGGGUUUGCCAAUCUUGACAAAGCCGCAGCUAAAAAUGUUUUUUUCAGAUUCGUUUUAACUUCAACAUCCCCUGCAGUCACUGUUCCAUCAAUGAUUCGACUGCAAGCGCACGGUCGAGGGACUGAGAAAGGAAUACCGACGAUGAUCUUGGCUGCAGCUUCCAUCGAUAACAUUUAUUGUAUAACUGCGUUCAGCAUUACAGCUGCUGUGUUUUUCGGUGGAACCGGGAAUGGUGAGAAGCCCUUGUUUGUUUUCAUCAAUAACCUACGGGCCGUCGGCGUUGCUGGCCUGUCCGUAAAUGUUGGCAUCGCCUCUUUAAGGACCACGCCCAGCGCAAACAAUACUUACUUUUCAAUUUGUCGGGAAAAUAAUGAACACAACGUCGCUUCGCCAAUAGCAUCGCUCAUGUGAAAAGCCAGUUGAUUUCACCGCGACACAAUUCAUUUUUUCGGCGACAUUUUGCUCAUUAUUUUCCCGACAGACUGACGCAUACAUGUAACAGAGUUACUUUUUCAGAUGACCUCACACUCCUCAUCAUUCGAAUUGUUGUUGAAGUCACUUUCGCUGUUGUCUCUGGAAUCAUCUUUGGUAUGUUCGGCCAAUCUCUCCUGAAAUUUUGUCUCUUAAAUUUCAGGCUUACUUCUCUGCGUUUUCCCUCGAGUCAGGGUUCGACAUGCUCAUUUUAUCCGUUCCGUUAUUAUCAGCUCUUUUUCAACCGCCAUUUUCUUCGCCGCGAAGUCGACUGGCCACACAAUGAUUGGGCCUAUAUCAGUGUUCAUAAUGGUUGUGGUGGCUUCAAUAAAAUGGGAGAGAGAUAAUCCGAAGAAGACAAAGAAGGAAGAAAAGUGCUUCAAGAUUAUAUGGGACGAUGUGUUGCAGCCAUUCCUCUUCGCGUUGAUUGGAUUGGUCUUCGAUUUUUCACAGGUAAAUUGAGGGUAAAAUACGUCGAUUCUAUCCUAUAUAUUAUAUAAUUUUAUAAACGACAAUUAUAAGUACUAACUUGUUGCGGGCUUCUGUGCUACAAAGCCUUGGUAAAACGGAGCCUGGCUUUGAUUCGUUGUACAAAACUUUGACUCAUUUUAAAAUACGUUUGUUUUAACUUUGAUAUUUUUAUUUUCGCUGACAGAUUUAUUUCAGAUUAAUUGGGAUGUAUUUUGGAGUGCAAUGGCAAUAAUUUUUAUUGGAGCUGCAAUUCGGGUCAUCGCUGUGUUUGCUAUGUCAAUUUUUAUGGCUUUAUCGUUCAAGGAGAGGAUCUUUAUAUCGAUUUGCUUCUUCCCAAAGGCUACUGUUCAGGUGGGUAUUUAUGAUAUAAGUUCAUUGUCGAGAAGUGCUGCUGAUUGAAGUGUAUGUACAAGCCUCUAUAGAAAGAAUUUUACGACCACAUAUGUUGUAGGACGAUUUAUUUUAAUAGGACCUUUUAUACCAUCAAUGGGGUAAGGUCACUAGGAAGUAUACUGCGGGAACUUGACCCGGGAUACUCAAAGAUAAAGGGAACGACAAGAUAAUUCACUGAGAUGUUUAUUAUCCGUCGAAAUAACGCCAACAGAGGGGCAAAUCACACAAAAAACAAAGAAGUGAGGACGACGAACAAUGGUCGACCGUCCGCUUCCCAAACAACCAAAAGUGUGAUUAGAAUAUUCCACGAAGACGUCCCAAUGACCGGUCGGUGCAGAAUGCCAAUUAGCAGUUGAGUUGUUCGUGGCGGGACAAAGUCGAAGGCCGGGUGUUCUAGCUGAAUGGCGGGGAAUGGCAUGGGAAGUUGGUUGGCGGUCCUGUUGAGAUGUGUCUGGUCCUACUUUUUGAUAUAAAACUGGCUUUUCGGACUUCUGAAAUUCUUCGUUAUAGACCGGUUUUGUCCUACGGGACUUGUUGUACAGAAGUUUUGCUGUACAUGCAACAGUACAAUACAUAACGCCCCUAGUUACGUUGCUUUGUUUGCAGGCAGCUCUAGCCCCUUUUAUUAUUCAAUACGCCACCGGAAACGACGACAGGGACAAGUCAAAAUUCCUUUUCAACACUUGUGUACUCAGUAUCCUUGCGACUGCUCCUGUUGGCCAACUGUUGAUUGACUUAUUGGGGAAAUACUUGUUGGAAAAAGAGGUCAGGCUGGCAGAGAGAGAAACUGAUUCCAGCAAAGUGGAGAGCUUUGAAGAGUUUGAGGUGAAGCCUCAAGUAAUCCAAGUGGAGAAAGAUAAUACUUUGAGGGUAAGUUUUACAGGAUUAAAACUUCCCGAUUGCCAUCUCUAAAUGUGAGCUUUUUUUAGGUAAAAGUCGUUCCCAUAGAUAACUGA